CAUGUUGGAGCGGCGGCGGCGCAGCGGCGGGUUCGGGCUCCGCGGCGGCCGGUGUCCAGCCCUGGUUUUCAAGGAAUUUGGAGCUAUUGGAAGUGCCUACUACCCUAAUGCCAUGAAUAUUGAGGUGAACAAUGCGGAAGAAAAAGCUGUCCAUUCUUGGUCAAGAAUCUCUUCUGCAGGACAGAAAGCCCUGGAGGAAGCCCUCAGAGUCUUCAACCCCAUGUCCAAGGACCUUUCAGACACUGAAACCCAGCUGGUGGCCUUUCUCCAAGGCCUCAAGGAGGAAGGCUACCAGCCCACAGUCUUAAGGAGCAAGGAUGUUUAUGGGUACAGCUCCUGCACGGCGGCUACUCCCAGCCAGACACCUGACAAUUCAGACACAGGCGCUGCUGUCUCUGACUGUACUAACUCUCCAGUUAGAAGCCCUGCUGUGACAGCAGAGGCGCCUGGGACACUUGCGGAGGUGUCAGUCGGCUCUCCUAACAUUCGCACCAAGCCUGUCUCUAAAGGGAGGACCACAAACCUGCUGCUGAACUCGUUGAAAGAGACACGGUCAGGCACAUCGAAGGCCUCAGCAAUGGGCUUCCCAGCUAAUACGUACCCUGACGUGUAUCCAGCCAUGAGACUCUCUGUCGUGCUGGAAGCUUUGGUCCCACUGAAAGCCACAGCAUCCUGUUUGGAGUCCAAAUACAAAGAGGGGCAUCUUGGGAUCUCCCCCUCGGACCUGAAGCUUCUCAAGGCAUCGGGUGCCUCGAGGCAGAACGCUAAGCUACCUGUGGGGCAGGUAGACCCCAAAGGCUACACACACGUAGUUACGAAAGCACCAGAUUCUCCCGCUCUAGCUGUAACGCUUCUGAAGGGAACUCAAGGUGGGGUGCUAAAGGAGAGCAAUGGUUGCAAAGCAUCUGGAAUCCUGAAUGGGAGGAUUACAGGCAGCGCAUCUCAGUGUUGCAGUGGGGGGUCACAGGCCAAGGCCUUUACAAAUAACGCCAAGGAAGUUCCAGCAGAGAGAACUGAAUGGAAAGACAGCAGUAGUCAGGAGACUGUUGGGCAGAAAAGGAAAAGAGCCGAGGAGAUGAAAGAAGCACCACAGAAGAAGAAGAAAAAUGCCAUGAAUAAACCUGAAUUAGCUCAGAGCACUUUGAACCUGCUGAGAUCCCAGGCCAUUAAGGUGGACAGCUCCUCGUCAGAUGAUGAAGUGAGGAGGAGAGCACAGAAGAUCCUUAGGGUUAACCUGUCCCCUGUGAUCAGAAUUCAGCCAGUGUCCCCCUCUCACAAUGUCCCCUGAGUUCCUUCCUUUUGUCACUUUUCUCUUAAAUACAUAAGUGUGAACCAGCUGCCAGGCUGUGGAGAUGUGUAAGAGCCACUUUCAUUCUCUGGUGUCCAGCAGCAGUGUCACAGCCGGGACCUGCAGACUUUGGGCAGCUCGUUCCACAGCUGUUUUGGCUGCCUGGCAACGUUCUGCAGAGUUGGACUGCGCGAGUACAAAGCUGUGUUUAGAAACCCAGGACAAGGACUCCCAGCCCCCAUGGUGAGCUGAGCGAAGCCGGUUCUAGCGUUCUGGGCUGUGCUUUUCUGAACAUGCUGGAGCGUUUGUCUGUGCAGUGGGACGCGCCAGACUUUCUCCUGACGUUCAUGCACUGUGGUAUUUUGCUCUUUUUCAAGCUGUACAUUUAUUGGUUUUAUUUUGAUCAAAUUUUAUAACUUUAUUCUCUAUCUAUCUGUCUACACACACACACAGUGCCCUGGCACUGUCUGAAGACACGUCUCCUCCGCCCCUCUGGAGCUGGGUUCGCUCUUCAGUCAGUCUUUUGUCGAAAGGUGCCAGGUUUUCUUUCCCAUUGUCAGUGUUCUUACCUGCCUGUUCUGGGCUCUCUUGAGAAGCUCAGAAGCAGGCAGAAUUAUAGCCACACAUUUGUCUCUGGAAACACCAUGCUGGAUGGAGGCUUGCCAGCUCGUAGCUCUAUCCUAUUCAGGUCACCUCGGCAAAGAAAAUGGAAAGUAGGGGAGGGCUGGUCGGGCUGUUCGCUCUGAGUCUGUCUGCCGCCCCUUUCGCUGUUAGCAGAAAUGCUAAAUGCUUCCUGCGGGUUUGCUUCCAAAGAGCGCCACGGGAAAGGUGCUGUCAGGCCCCGUCCGUUAACUUAAGCAAUGAAUUUGUGGCUGGUUGUCGACCUAAGAUCUGGGGCUGCCAGUCAGUGGAUACUUCAUAUUUCCUGGCCAGAGUGUCAUCACUUGAGUGCUGCUGAACGUUCCAGUGACUUGUGAGUUAGGUUGAGAACUCGCCCACUGUGCUUCUGAAUGUAUCGAGUGUUGCUAAUGUUCUGCUGGCUCCAGGGGAAUGUGUAUGGGUGAGAACCAGAGCACAGCAGCAGCAGGUUCAUCAAAGGAGUUUCCAGCAAUUUUUUUUAACAUUUCAAGAGAAUAAGGUAUUAGUUUCUGGGGAGUGGUUUGCACGGGGUUAAGCCACUGUAUAUUUAUUUCUCAUCCUGGAUUUCAGAUUUGCCAGCUCUCCUGGGAUUUUAGGGUGAUGAUCUGCUGCAGGGUAUAAAAUCUUUCUCUGCUUAGAGUCUC